CAUAUUCCCUCCACAAGUGGUAACAGAAGUAAAGAGGAAGUAGACAUUUCACGGUAACAUACAUCAGAUCCACCAAAGCCAAUACCAUCUCUGGCUGCUGUUGUUGUUGGCUCAAAAUGCUGUUGACACUAGGACUUCUCCUCCUUCUCACCCCAUUCCCCUCCUUUCAAACCCCAACCAAUGAGGGGAGACACUCAACAGGAAGUGAAGCAUCCAAACCAAAUGCCGUAUUCACCCUUUCAAAGCCAAAAACCACUGCGGCUCUAACUAGACAAACCAUUCGCCCAACCCUAAAGCCAAACACAGUCAAUCAGACUAUUUCGACCCCUCAAGCUGCAAAAAGCAAGCCCAGCCCAGCAGUAAUUCAAACCACUCCAUCAGCAUCAGUAAAGGCCACUAUAGUCAGUGACACCAAUACGAUUUCAGAAAAGCACACAGUCUCUGUCAAUCAAACUGCUUUAGCUAAGGCUACCAAAGACAAGCUUGCAUCAGCCAGCAGUGCUAAAACCCUAAAAGAGAAAGUCCAACCUGCACCAACUGGAGUUCAAAAUGUUCAGUCAACAUCCACAAAAUCUGCUCUUGCCCGUGGAGCUACUACCACCAAAAACAAGCCCACAGCCUCUGUCAAUCUGUCUGCUGUAGCUAAAUCCUCCUCCACCAGCGACGCCAAGAACCCAAAAGGCAAGCCUGAUAAGGCAACACCCUCUGCCAAUCAGACUGCUGUAGUUAAACCUCCCACCUCCACUGCCACUAAAGAAAAGCCAGCCCCUUCCCAACCAAUCAAGGUGGUCAUAAGCAAUGGCUGUGAGUCUAGCAAAGCCAAGGAGCAGGAGCUGAAGCUGAAGCCUGGUGCUCCAUUGGUGAUGACUCAUAAAAUCAGCUUGUUGCCUGGUGGUUGCGUUGGGGGAUGUGAUGCUGAGAUGGCUGCGCUGAAAGGACGUGUGGCGCGACUGGAAAUGGAGAUGUCCUCCCUCAAGGACAAAUGUCCAUGUUCUGGAAAUUGUCCACGUGACUGUAGUGGCAAUGGGGAAUGUCAGAAGGGGAAAUGUGUUUGCCAACAGGGAUUCAUGGGUCCGGACUGUAGUAAAUGUGCACAAGGGGCUGAGUGUAAUAAAAAGACUGCUAAAGGAAAUGUCAAGGUAAAAGUGGAAACAGUGACCCUGCAGCUGAGCAAAGACAAGGAAAACAUGCAAGAAAAACACACACAUGUGGAGCAGACACUUUUCCAGAAGAAGGACCAAAAAAAGGGGUCUGACGCUAAGGUGACUGACACCAAACCUAAAGUGGCUACUGGUGCUAAAGCAAAACAUGAAUCUUCUGUUAAGAAAAUUACGAUUACCAAAGACUCAACUUCAACUGGCACAAGAACUAGUCGCCCAACAGUUGGUCAAGUUCUGCUGAAACAUGAGGGAAGAAAGCAAGAAGAGGCCCGCAAAGGAAAAACAACAGUCCUGACCUCGAAAAAGGUCCUUCAAAGAACUGACCUCAAGGUUGUUAAAGAAGGAACUACCAGUAAAACACAUCCCAAAUCUGACCAACUAAAAGACCAACCUCAUGCCAAUGUAACUGCUGGUAAUGUUAGGAAAUCUAAUGGCACAGCCAAAAUUGUCACCAUUCUGACCAAAGUUGCAGGAACAAACAAAACACGUGCAGAGAAGGAGACCUUGGAGCAGUCAACACUUACUGAGAAGAAUGCUACUAAAUCAUCUGGGCACAAACGCAUCAAGGUAGAAACUUCAAAUGUGCAAUCUGUUGACAACAGAAACACUGACAACAGCAAGGUUGUAAAGGACAAAGGUGCACAGAGGAGUCAGUACUUAGUCAAUGCAACAACAGCAGGUGAAGCUCAGAUUCUGCAGGACAAAACAACUAGCCACAGUUCCGGGAGCGCAAGGAGAAUAGGAGGAUCUGGAUUAGGUUCCGUAAAGGUUGUAAACAUCUCCUCCUACAGCUUUACAAUUACUUGGUCUGCACCCCAAGGGAUGUUCAAGAACUUUACCGUGGUCAGAAGGGAGCCAAGGGCAGAUGGUGAGGAAGAGGACCAUGAUGAGUUUGAAGGAGAAUCUUUUGAAAGGGAAAAGGUCUCCACAGCCAAGAACACAACUGAAGUCCAGGUACAGAGUGAGAGCCUUAACUCAACUGCUGCCUCUGGUACAGUCGCUGGAUCCAAAAGCAAAUCUGAAACCAAGAGGAUUUCUAUGGUUGUCCCUGGCAAUGUACGCUCAGUGGAGUUCAGUAACCUUCGUGCAAACACAGGCUAUGUCCUGCAAGUAUAUGGUACAACAGCUGAGAGACAAUCAAAGAUUCACAGAGUAACUGCAAUCACAGGUAAUAAAGUUUGUACAUGAGUAAUUAUCCACUGCUACUAGUACUG